UGGAUCUACUUGAGCUAAAAAAAGUAAAGCAGACAAAACUAUCAGACUUCAUCCGAAGUCCUCUUUCGGUUCACGAAAAUCUGUUUUGCAACUUUGGCUGUUCUUGUAGAUUACACAAUGUCGCAGUUCAACAGAGGUCCAGCAUACGGGUUUUCAGCGGAAGUGAAAAGCAAGAUUGCACAGAAAUAUGACCCGCAGAGAGAGGAAGAGUUACGAAUUUGGAUCGAGGAUGUUACUGGGCGCUCAAUUGGAGAUGACUUUCAGAAAGGGUUAAAAAACGGUGUCAUACUCUGCGAGCUCAUAAACAAACUUCGGCCAGGGUCAGUGAAAAAGAUCAACCAAUCCUCACAAAACUGGCAUCAGCUGGAGAACCUGACCAACUUCAUUAAAGCGAUCACCACAUACGGGCUCAAGCCUCACGAUAUCUUUGAAGCCAAUGAUCUGUUUGAGAAUGGAAACAUGACACAGGUUCAGACCACCCUCCUGGCUCUUGCUGGCAUGGUAAGCCCUGUCGAAUCCUAUAAUUUCACAGGAGAACAGCCUAACGCUGAUAUUUCGGUCUAUAAUAAGAGAUUCUCCCUGUGUUUACAGGCUAAAACCAAGGGCAUCCACUCGAGUGUAGACAUUGGAGUGAAGUAUGCAGAGAGACAGGAGAGGGCAUUUGAUGAGGAGAAAAUGAAAGCCGGACAAUGUGUCAUUGGAUUACAGAUGGGAACAAAUAAAUGUGCAAGUCAAGCUGGAAUGAAUGCCUAUGGUACCAGAAGACACCUGUAUGAUCCCAAAUCACACAUUUUACCACCAAUGGACCAUUCAACCAUCAGUCUGCAGAUGGGCACCAACAAGGGUGCUAGCCAAUCUGGUAUGACCGCUCCAGGAACCCGUCGUGCCAUCUACGACCAGAAAUUAGGCACUGACAAGUGUGACAACUCCACAAUGUCUCUACAAAUGGGCUUUGCUCAAGGCGCCAACCAGAGCGGGCAGAAUUUUGGGCUUGGCCGUCAGAUCUAUGAUGCCAAAUACUGCCCCAAAGGUGCACCCAGCGCAAGCGGAGAAGCUGACGCUGGCUAUGUGGAUUACCAAGACGAGGGCUACCAGGGUUACCAGGAUGAUGGUCAAGAUUACUGAAUCAACCAAUUGCAGGCAAUGAGUCUCAAGAAGCUAAUGGGAAGCUGAUGCUUUCUUGCUACCAAAAGACCCAAAGCAUUCCAUUACACCACAGUGAGCAUGCCAAAUGUUGGAGAGUGGUGAAAGUGACCAAUAUGAAACGUAUCACUUAUGUUUUAAAUGUACAUUUUUUUUUUUUUUUAUUUAAGGUGAGCGCCCUACACAACAUAUCAGUUAAGUCUUAUGUGUAUUGAUACUUGUAUUUUACAUGGUUCAAGUGACCGUCAUUUAAUUGCACGGCCACUAUAAUAUGUAGUAUUUGCUUACUGUCAUUUUUAUUUUAUACUUUUUUAAUGUUUGGUAAAAAUGCUGAUCUCUAUUGUUAAACGCAAGUAUGACGGGGGUUAUUUUCACAAUCCCAAUUUUUUUUAUUUUCUUUUACUCUGUUUUAAUCAAGCUGUUGUGAAGAAAUCUGAUUAAGUAUGUAUGAGGAAUAUUGUUACGUGAGCCUGAUUCAUUAUUUGAACAUGUUCAGGGGUUUAAAAUUACUUUUUCUUGUCAGUUGAGUUGUUGGGUUUUUUUUUUGUUUUUUUUUUUUUUUUGAAUCUUUGUUGCAGUUCAAAGUUAAAAUGGUGAGGGUUUAUAGGAGACAAACCUUUACUGUAGUUACAUGGUCCUUUUGUUUUAACUUAAUAACUUUUUUUUAUUUUUUUUUUAGGCUAGAAAGUGAGCGCACAUUCUUGACAUGCACAAAAAGGUUAAUCUUUUCAGCACUUUUUUUUUUUUUUUUUUUUUUUGGAGUACUUUCUGCUUUUAACACUUAUAAAUAUUAUACUUCCUCACUUAAUUAGAGGAGAUGAAUGUGGUUUGUUCUAUAAUACACUCUGUCACGCACGCUAUCUGUAAUGUGUUUUAAAGAGUUCAUCUUUGUAUUAGUGUUUCAUAUUCUCAUCAGAUGUUUUACAGUUCUACUAGCCAGAACAACUGGAGCUUGUCUUGUUUUCUUUGGAUUUAUAGUAUUGUGAAAGGAAAUUGAAGUAUUAUGUUGUGAGCCUGAACAUUUUAGGAACUGGAUUCACUAAUUUUUUUUUUUUUUUUUUUUUUCUCUCCCCCACCGUAUUUAUUCUCAUUCCAAAUGACUCUUUGUACUAGACAUUGGAAAUUUUAGGUCUGCUUAGAUAAGUCUCACAAAUGCAUCGCUCCGUGUAUGCUUUACACUUGUUUUUAACUUUUCUUAUGGAAUAAGAUUGUUAGAUGGAUGUAUUAAAAACUGGGUUCAUAAUAAAAGAUGAUGAACAGCA